CGGAGAAAGAGAAUGCAUACCUGAGUUGACGAGUGUUGGGUGGUAGAUUGUACCGUGGCGCGGAUUUGUGGAUGAGAACCAGUGGUAGCGGGCCAAACGGACGGCAGCGGGUUCCUGAAGAGUAUAUACUCAACGGUGGGCAGCCAGCGCAGUGACCAGGGAUAGCGGGGGCCAAGACAGUGAGGAGUGGAUGACUUAGUCGGAAGAGUUGGUGCGGGAGACUUCUUGUUUUGAACGAUGCGGCUAAGGUGAUGGUGGGAGGGCUCAGAAGAGGGAAGGGGGCGUCAUGCAGCGCUGAGGAGUGUCUAGCUUAAGAGUGCUUUUGGCGCAGGCGCUGAGUGGGCGAUCUGGAGAUAGAUGAGGCCUUGGUGGGAAACGGGUGCGUAUGCUUGCGAUGAGCAGCGCGAUGACCCGCAACUAAUGUAUCUGCUGCCCUCUGGCUCCGCGCUGGUGCACAGGCGUCCCAGCUUGUUCCCAGUCCGGUGGACCAGAUCGCUGGAAUCUGUGCUCUGCCCUUGUAGCACAUCGUGGCAUGGCUUUUUGGCGCGCGCUGGGCCGCUUCUGCACGGGAGAAAAAGAAAGCCUCGCUCGCAAACGCUGCUUUUCCGGCUCAGGUCAAUUGCUUCCCCUGCAACGCUUGCUCGACUAUCCCGGCGUGACCCACUCUCUCUCGCGCACCCUGGUCGCCCCCCAGUAGGGUUAGGGUGCCGGGGUAGCCCUGGCGGGUUGGCCGUCGCGCAGGCCCAUGGUGGGUAUGGCGGUGCCCAUCAGAUGUGCCGAUUCAGGACAUCAGUCACGGCGCUGGCACACCAAUAUCCCCACCUCGGCGGCUUGUUCCCCAUGUCUAUGUAAAACCAAACACGCCCGCACCAAGCGCUUCAGCCAGCCGCUGUGAACGACAGGCGCCAGGGUCCAGGGCCGCUUGGUGGCAUACCAU